AUGAGAAUACUCAUUUCUCAUAAGAAAACACUAAUAGAACAGACCACCAAGGAGAUUGAGAAUAUACAAAUGAGCCUAGAAAAAUUUAAAAAUUCACAAUUAUAUGAUGAGCUUAAUGAUAUGGUUUUAAAAAAGACAGACUCAUACCAAAAAGAUCUGAUCAAUGUUAAAAAUAGGAAAAUUAUUAGGGAUGAAGAAGACUAUUUAAAAGGAGAAGUAUAUAGUUACAACAAAAAGAAAAUAAAUCAACCUUCAGGAGGAAUAUCCCAAGAUUUUGCCCCAGAUGAUCAGACCUCACUUAUUAACUCUGGUGACGAUUGGACUUUAGUAUCCCAUCAAAAGAAUAAAAAGAAGAAUAAAAAUAAAAAUAAAAGUACCCAUUACUAUUCAAAUAAUAAUUCUGAUGUUUCUGAAUUGAGAAAUUCAGAUCAUGGGAACAGAUAUGACCAUCAGAAUACAUGUCACUAUGACGACUAUAGUAAUGAAAUAUUCCCACGGUAUAAUGAUAACUUUCGCUCUCGACUUCAGUCUUCAAAUAAUUAUUAUAGAAGAACAAAAGAUAAUUAUAUACAUGAGAAUUUCAAUUCAUAUGCAAAUAGGGUCCGUGAACAUACUACACACAGAACCCCAGGGCAUGUACCCCACUAUAGAGAUUCAAGAUCCAAGGGUGACAAUUAUUAUUAUAAUCAUCAACAAUACGGUAGAAGACACGACCAGAAUCAUAAUUACCAACAGUAUGAAAGGAGAUAUGAAUAUAAUCAUAAUCACAAACAACAUGAUAGGAGACCUUCUUUUAAUCAUGAGAGGUCCAAUAAAUCAACCAAUAAUGUAGGCGGUCAACAAUCAGGUAUGACCAACCAAAACAGGCAACAUUCCAAUAUGACUAAUCAAGAAGAGAAUCAAAGAAUACCCAGUAGAGAUAAUGAAAAUCAUCAUUUUAAUCAGGGUGCCUCCAAUAAUUCCAAUAUAAGACAACCUAACACUAAUUCACCAAAUCAUUUUUUAGAGCAGGGACCACGCAUGCCGUCUUGGAAACAGAAGAGUAUAUCCAGUUACCUAGAGCCUGUAGUGUCUCUCACAACCCCCCAAAAAGGGAAAAGACCUCACGGCCAAGAGGACAUAGAGGACGAGGAACAGCCCUCAAAGAGGCAAAACUACAGGCACUAA